AUGGAUAUUCAGACCAAAUUGACAUAUCUCCAAUGGCAACAAGAGUACUCACAGACUCGACCAUAUCGAAUUUCUCAAUUUGGUCGCAAGAGAGCCGCUAGUCAACAAAGCAAACCGCAUAAUUUGGUCUUCCAUAAACCGGAAACGACAGAGAUUAUUCAUGAUAUAAGAGGAUACAAAGAAGGCCGAAAUGAGUUUACACUCGAGGCAAAUGGAUUUACAUAUUGUAAACAUCCUCCUCCAGUGUUUACGGAACCAAAGGAUUUCUCUGUACCCAAGCAGGUCCAGGCUGUCUUUUUACCAGAGUGUGAGGCAAUCCUCAGGAAUGAGAUUGAAAACGUGGAGAAGGUCCUUAUCUUCGAUUGCAAGACACCCUUCUCACGAGAGAUAAUAUUGGAACUCCUAUGA